GUUUAAUGCAUAUAAAUCUGGUUUUCGUUAUGUUACAUAGACAAAGACAAUAACUUUAAGAGUUCUUUUUUCUGUUUUAUGUUUACAUCAACAAUGGGAGAAGCAAAUGAGAAGAUGAGAAGAAUCAAUAGCAGCAAAGAAAUGAGCAGUCUUUCUUUUCAGAUAGAGAAGUACCCAAGAGAUCUUUUACAAAGAUUCGUCAUAUCAAGUGAAUCCCAAGCUUUGAGAAGGAGUGCAAGAGAAGAAGAUGAUGGCGGUGAUGAUGAAGAAGAAGAAGACGUGGAGCUGAGUCUCGGGUUAUCAUUGGGAGGAAGGUUUGGGGUCGACAAGAAUCCAAAGAAGUUGAUAAGGGCAUCGUCCAUUGCCGUUCCAAUGCCAACAAAAUUUAGAGACGAUGGUCCAAACAAUAACACUCCACCAACGGUUCCUUACCCAACACUUAUAAGGACUUCAUCUUUGCCAACCGAGACCGAAGAAGAGUGGAGGAAGAGGAAAAAAUUGCAGAGCCUAAGAAGAAUGGAAGCCAAGAGGAGAAGUAGUGAAAAGCAAAGGAAUUCAAGAGUGAAAAUGGAGGUCAAUUUUUUAGAGGAAGAGAAGAAAAAUACUGGGGUUGGACCGGCUUUUGGAUUGCAGAGAUGGGUACGGCCUUGUCAUCAAGGGUCUAUAGAAUCACGAGGAAGAAGCUCCUCUAGUAUGUCAGAACCUGAAAAUAAAGCUCCUCAAGGAGCAAGUAGUUGUGGUGAAGCAGGAACCUCCGGUAGCACCCAAUCCUUGCAAGAUCAAGGCAAUCAAGAGGUUACAUGCUCAUCAAGGUCUAAAAUAAGUGGAUCCUUCAAAACUCUGGGACUCGAGGUAGAAAAUGAAAGGAGAGAACGAGGGAGCGUGAUGGAAGACAUGCCUUGUGUUUUCACGAAGGGAGUCGGUCCUAACGGGAAACGAAUAGAUGGCAUUCUGUACAAGUAUGGUAAGGGAGAAGAAGUGAGGAUAAUGUGUGUCUGCCAUGGAGAUUUUCUAUCUCCAGCAGAGUUUGUGAAGCAUGCAGGUGGCGGUGAUGUUGAUUAUCCUCUUAAACAUAUAGUUGUAAAUCCUUCCCCAGCUUCACCUUUUUAAUGCUCGAGUUUGAUGAAAUCCCUUGACAAAUUGCC